GGACACAACUCCUCCAUUUCCAGAAGGUGGCGCUGUAGUUCACAAAUAUGUCAGCGCCCAUGGAAGGAAGACGGGAAUAGACUCUUCGAUUUUAAUUCCUUUGUAUGAUAUGCUUCUUGCAGAAGACUUUAUCAAGUUUUAAACAAAUUUUCGUAGUAUAAUAAACAAUGGCAGACAACAAAGCAAAAAAUGACUCAGAUGCAGAGAUGGAGACCUCAAUGCCCCUCCCCCAAGUAACUGAGUCCCAGAAAGAACUGGCCUCCCAGGCUAUGUCAGAGUUUGACAAGAAGCAGUAUGGCUCGUGCUGCAGUUUGAUGCACAAGCUAAUUGCCCAAAGACCCACAGACCCAAAAGUUGCCCACAACAAGGCAGUAGCAGAAUUUUUUCAAAGUGGAUUCCUGACCACUGACGAAUUCAGGCAGCAACUGUCCAAAGUCUGUCAAAUGGCUCAUGUCAACAUAGACAACAGUGAAAGCCUGGAAGAUGUUGACCACAGUGUUAUUUACUUCAACCAAGCAGUCAUUCUCUAUCACUUACGUCAGUAUAAAGCUGCCCUCAACAUCCUAGACAAACUCUUCCAGUACAUAGAGCCACUAGAGGAGGCCUUGGCAAAGAAAGCUACAAUGCUGUUAGUAGAACUGUAUCUGUGUACCUAUCAGCCUGAGAAAGCUAUGGGUAUGGUGCACUAUGCAGAGAAGACUGUGUUCACUGCAGGGAAGAAUGCUGGAGAGAAAGAGAACAAGGAAGAUCAAGUGGACGAAGCCUGGAAACCAAAGAUUAGUUUGUACAAAACCCGCUGCUUACUGAUGAUGAAGUCCAUGAAGUCCUGCAAGAGAGAGAUCAAGUCACUGAUGAGCACCCAGGCCAUGAAUACAGCUGUGAUAUACCUGAAGAGUAACUUUGAACACUUGCGAGGGAAUCACAAGAAGGCCAUGAAGAUGCUGGGCUCAGUCAGCACCUCUGAUUUCACGGAGGCCGGGGAGUGUAUGCCAGUCAUGUAUAACAACAAUCUCGGCUGCAUACACUUCCAUCUCAGCAAGCAUCAUCUAGGGGCGUUCCACUUCCGUAAAGCUUUCCAGGAAAAUGAGAAUGCCAUCAAAGACAUCAAACGAGGAGCAGAGCACAAUAAGAAUCUUUCUGGUAAAACACUGAACUCCAUAGGCAUGAGCCGACAUUUUGAGUUGUUAUACAACAUGGGAAUUCAACUGUUGCAUUGUGGGAAGGCCAUGCCAGCAUUUGACUGUUUGGUUGAGGCAGUACAGGUUUUCAGGAGCAACCCUCGCCUGUGGCUGAGACUAGCAGAGUGCUGCAUAAUGGCUAAUAGACAGAAUAAUGAUGAAGACCGAAAGCUAGAAAAGAGGUUAGAGGUCAUUCAGGGAUCAGAUGGCAGUGGAAUUCACAGGAAGCUUAGACUGGGCCCGGGACUCAAAAAAGAUAACCCAAGUCCAGGGACUCCAGCUAUCCCAGCAGCCACUCAUGAGUUUGCUGCGCUUUGUCUGAAGAAUGCGUUACACUUGCUGCCUGAAGAUCCGCUAACAGCGGAGAAAGUGCCCAUUGAAGACUCGGACACAGUAAAAAUCACCCCUGAGAUGGUCCUUGUUCCUGCCCCUCCUGGGAACCCCCUGAAGGCAGCUGAAGUGGCUAGCCUAAGGUGCUCUAUACUGGCAGCUAGUGCAUAUGUGGCACUUUGUCUGAAUGAUUACACACUAGCAUUGCUUCAUGCAGAAAACUUACUUAAACAGCCAAAACUGACAGGGGCCCAAAGAUACCUUGGUCAUCUUUACAUGGCUGAAGCUCAGGUAGCUAUGGACAAGAUUGCAGAUGCCAUCCAACUUCUGAACCCAGAGUUAGUGGUAGACAUCAGCCUGACACUGCCAGAAAACAAGACAGAGCAAGACAAAAGCGAGAGAGACCCAGAAGCAUCUGAAUCUAAAGGUUAUUUUUACCCCUGGUCACCCAAAGAUCUGACACGGGCAAAAGCCAUUGCCCAGUAUAACCUAGCCACUGCCCAUGCCAUUCGGGGGGAAUAUGACAAGGCAGGACAGAAUCUGGGAGAGAGUUCUAGCCGCAUUGGCACCCCACUGCCAGCACAGAUGUAUUUCCUGAAACUUUACCUAGAUUUGAUAGAAGGGAGAAGAAAUAUGGCUCAAGUUGUGAUCAAAGACCACUUUGGACAUGUGACACCUAACCGUGUGGAAAUGAAGAUGAACUCCAAGCCAGGAGUGCCCCGCCCUGAUACUGCAGUGUCAUGAUUCAGUGAACUACAUAUAUAUAAGCAUUGUGAAUAGAAUAAACAGCUAAAAUAGUGUAUCUGAUACAUGAAAUAAAAUUCAUUUCCUGCACUGAGA